AUGGAAAGUAAAGUAAGAGGAGAGGAAGAAGAAGACGGAGAGAGACGGAAAGUGGAGAGAUUGGUGGAAAAGUUGAAAAACAUCAAUAGAAAUAAGAAACGGCCUUCAACUCCGGCGCAUGUUAGCUUCGUCACUAACCUUUCCUCUAAAUUCUCGCCAUCAAUCGUUUCCUCUCGAAAGCUCGCUGCUGCCUUCUGGGAGUUUCAUCACUACUACGAAGAUCGCUCCUUCUCUUCCGGUAAAAUGCACCACCGCGGCGGAAACGGUUUCGCCGGAGCAAGUAACCAUCGACAACGUAACGGCAAGGCGGUGGCGGUUAAGGAGAAUGGUCUCGACCUCUCUCAAUUCCUCCGUGAUCCCUCUCCUGAUCAUCAGGCAGAGAGUGCGGGAAGUCUAAGGAGGCAGAUAGGCCAAGUGCUGAUGAAACAUCAUCAAUCAAUCGAGAGAAACAACCACGCUCUCCAGCCUGUCUCUCCCGCUAGUUACGGAAGCUCCCUCGAGGUUGCGACAUACAACAAAGCAGUGACUCCAAGUAGCUCACUGGAGUUCCGAGGAAGAGAACAGCCUCAACACAGUCUCAAGACAUCAACCGAACUUCUCAAAGUAUUGAACCGUAUCUGGAGCCUCGAGGAGCAGCAUGCGGCCAACAUGUCGUUGAUAAAAGCUCUGAAAACAGAGCUGGCUCAUUCGCGUGUUCGCAUCAAAGAGCUUCUUCGCUACCAGCAAGCCGACAGGCACGAGCUCGACGCUGUGGUGAAGCAACUCUCCGAGGAGAAGGUGUCGAGGAAGAGUAGAGAAGUUGAGCGGAGGAAAGAGUUGGAAGAAGAGCGGAGACUGAGAAAACGCUCUGAGAGUUUGCAUAGGAAACUGGCGAGAGAGCUCGUGGAAGUGAAGUCUACGCUUUCUAAGGAGGUUGAGAGAGGGAAUAAAGAGAAGAAAACGAUGGAGAUGCUCUGCGAUGAGUUUGCGAAAGGGAUCAAGAGUUACGAUGAGGAAGUUCACGGUUUAAAGCAGAAGAAUUUGGAUAAAGAUUGGGCGGAUCGGGAUCAGAUGGAUCUUCAGAUGGCGGAGUCUUGGCUUGACGAGAGGAUGCAAAUGAGAUUACAAGGUGGAGAUGGUAAUAAUAGCUCAGUAGUGUUGGAUAAGCUCGAGGUUGAGAUUGAGACAUUCCUUGAGGCGAAGCGGAACGAAAACCACCCCAAGAAGCGGAGAAACUCACUUGAGUCGGUCCUCUUGAGUGCACCGCCGAGGGAUGUGGAGUGUGAGGAACAAGACUCCGAUUCGAAUUGCUUCGAGCUCAAGAAACCUUCGGAACCAUCUCACGUUAACCAACAACGGAACAAGGACGAUGAAUCUUCGUCGAGUUUUCAGGUGAAGUUUGAGGAUCAAAUGGCGUGGGCAAUGUCGAGUCACGGAGGGAAGAAGAAAACAUUAGCCAUCGAAGAAGACGAAGCAGAAGCAGAGCCUGUUAACAAACCAGAGGAUGAUGAGAGAAGCGACCAGUGUGGUACUAGUACGAACAAGAAUGAUGUGAUGGGGGAAAUGAUUCGGACACACAGAAGACUACUGUCUGAAACCCGUGAAAUUGAUGAAGCGUCUUGUAGUUACCCAUCUUCUCGGAGACAAGCGAGUCCGAUUCGACAAUGGACUUCGAGAAACGUGACGACUGAUCUUCUUCAAGGCACGUCUGUGAAAGCUUCUGCGAUUGCGAUAGCUCAGGGAGUAAAGGAUAACACUUUGAAAACAAAGCUCGCAAAGAGUUCACGCUCGCGUCUUCGGCUAUUCAAAGGCUGA